AUGGCAGGUGGCUGCACAAUCCUAAUUAUUUUCUCUUUUCUGUUUUCUACAGUAACAACCGCCACUACAGUAGACACCAUUACCCCUGGCCAAUCCAUAAGAGAUGGUGAGAGUACAGUUGUUUCACGAGGCCAAGCUUUUGAACUUGGUUUUUUCACUCCUGGAAAAUCAAGAAACCGAUACGUGGGAAUUUGGUACAAGAAACUAUCUGGAAAAGUAUCUGAUAGGACUGUUAUAUGGGUAGCCAACAGAGAUAUUCCCCUCUCAGAUUCCUCUGGAGUUCUAACUAUCACUCAAAAAGGAUUUCUUGUUCUUCUCAAUAGCACAAAUGGCACCGUUUGGUCAUCAACUGUGUCAAAAAUUGCAAACAAUCCAGUUGCUGAGCUAUUAGAAUCAGGAAAUCUUGUUGUGAAAGAUGCGAAGAAGGAUGAUAACGAGGAUAACUUUUUGUGGCAAAGCUUUGAUUAUCCAGGUGAUAACUUGUUACCGGGUAUGAAACUUGGAGUGAACUUGGUUACUGGUCUAAACAGGUACAUGUAA